AUGGUCAUGCGUGCGACGCUGGCCGAAUUAGCGCAGUUGCUCGAAGCUGAGAUCGUCGGUGACGGGCAGAUGACGAUCUGCGGUCUUGCGUCCCUCGAGGAAGCAAAGGCCGGUGAUUUGGCCUUCGUGGCUGGCGACCGUAACGCCCGGGGUCGUCUCGCCGCGUCGCAUGCCAGUGCGGUUCUCGUCGCACCGGAUAUGCCGGUGGAUCGGCCGGCUCUUCGCGUGCCCGAUCCGUAUCUCGGAUUCAUCUGCUUGGUUGAGGAAUACUUCCCACAGCAGCACCCGGCCUGGGGUAUCGAUGCCCUCGCCGUGCUGGCCCCGGACGUUGUGGUGGGUCAGCGCGUGAGCGUUGGGCCGUGUGUGGUGAUCGGUAGGGGCACCCGGUUGGAAGACGAUGUUGUCAUCUAUCCUGGAACCUACAUUGGACCCGGGUGCCACAUCGGACCGGAAUGCGUCUUAUAUGCCAACGUGAGCCUGUACUCUCAGGUGACACUGGGGCGUGGCGUGGUCAUUCACAGCGGCGCGGUCAUUGGUGCGGAUGGCUUCGGGUACCGCCGCUUGGACGGCGGGGACUACCGCAAGAUCCCUCAGAUUGGCGGCGUCCUUAUUGGCGACGGCGUAGAGAUCGGCGCCAAUACGUGCAUUGACCGUGCCACCCUCGGCAACACGGUCGUUGAGGUCGGGGCGAAGCUUGACAACCUUGUGCAGAUUGGACACAACAGUACGGUGGGGGCUUACACCGUUGUGGCCGGGCAGGCGGGGGUGUCGGGAAGCGUGCGGGUGGGUACCGGGGUGCGCAUGGGCGGGCAGGCCGGCAUCGCAGAUCACGUGACUGUCGGCGAUGGGGCGGCCAUCGCCGGGCAAGCCGGCGUGGCGGCCGAUGUGGAACCCGACACGACGGUGUUCGGUUCGCCGGCAGUUCCCUCAACCCUUGCCAAGCGAGCACAUCUCUAUGGGCUGAAGCUUGGGGAAUUGUUUCAAAGUGUCAAGCGGCUUCAGCGGCGCCUUGAGGCGCUCGAGAGCCGAAGCGAGGGGAAAUGA